AUGUGUGUUUCCAGAUCCAUUACAUAUUCCCUCUUCCACUUGAGGUCCGUCGUCAAACACCUUAAUUCAAAAUGGGCACGCGCGUUUCACCGCCGGGCAAGGCUUACCGAAAGCGAUUUUCAAGGAGAUGUGCUAGCUGUUAUCAGUGCGUUUGAUCUUACGUUUGCAAAUGGUUCAACCAUGCCUGGCAUAUCAACACAGACGAAGAAGUUCAUCAAGGAUAUGAGGAAGAUGCUCGUAGAACGCUGGGCGUUAUGUAUAUACGCCAUUUUACUUAUGACGGGUAUUCGUCCAUCUUUCACUAGCGUCACAAACUUACGCUCAACCGCCUUAUUCCGUUGCAAGGUUGAACUAAGUCAAGCGCUUGUUCCCAUCGUCCUAGCGCGUCUUUCCAACGAGGAACCAAUAUGUCCACAGGGGCAGCACAACCGCAGCGGCAGGAAGACUCGGCGAUGA